AUGAUUUCCUCCUCGUUCACAGCGGGAGGAGUUGGUGUUGGACUACGAACCCAUGAUUCUCCCCCCGUUACAUAUAUCAAACCCCUCCUGACUCCGCCAAUAUUGGAUCAUCGCUGUAAUAAUAAUAAAAAAUCCAAAUUCAGAUCAUCGACGAGAAGAUCAGUCAAAGCCCCCCAAACCCAGGCAUUCCUCCUCGUUCCUCAUCCUUUCUCUCAAUCAGAACACACAGCUGCUGCUUCCUCUUCUUCGGUUCUUGGGAUGGCCAAUUGCAGCCUCAACACGACCACUAAUCACCUUCGGCAUGUUGAGUCAAUGGCAGUCCUGCCGUCCGGCGCAGGUAAGAUUCCUCGUCUCAACGCCGUCAUUUUGGGUGAAGCUCUUGCUUCCGAAGAGGACGAUCUUGUCUUCCCCAGCGAUGACUUCGCCCGCCAGGCCUUGCUUCCCUCCGCGCAAAAGUACUUGGAAAUGUAUAAAAGGUCCGUGGAAGAUCCUGCUGGAUUUUGGUCUGAUAUUGCUUCCCAGUUCCUCUGGAAAAGCAAGUGGGGAGAUACUGUUUGCUCGGAGAACUUCGACAUACGCAACGGCAAUGUCUACGUGCAGUGGUUUAAAGGUGGGAUCACCAACAUUUGCUACAACUGCCUGGAUAGAAAUGUAGAUUCUGGAAACGGUGAUAAGAUUGCUUUUCACUGGGAAGGCAAUGAGCGGGGUUUCCAUGAUUCUCUAACCUACACCCAGCUUCUUAGCCAAGUUUGCCAGGUUGCCAAUUACUUGAGAGAUAUAGGUGUUAAAAAGGGUGAUGCAGUAGUAAUUUACCUACCAAUGCUUAUGGAACUUCCUAUUGCUAUGCUUGCAUGCGCUCGCAUCGGAGCUGUUCACUCGGUCGUAUUUGCAGGGUUCUCUGCAGAUUCUCUUGCUCAGAGGAUCAUGGACUGCAAACCGAAAGUUGUUUUAACCUGCAAUGCGGUCAAGAGAGGUUCCAAGGUCAUCCAUCUCAAAGACAUAGUUGAUGCUGCACUUAGUGAAUCUGCUAAAAAUGGCAUCUCAGUUGAUGCUUGCUUAACUUAUGAAAAUCGGUCUGCCAUGAUGAGGGAAACCACAAAAUGGCAGGAUGGGAGAGACAUAUGGUGGCAAGAUGUCGUUCCAACAUACUCAACCAUUUGUGAGGUGGAAUGGGUUGAUGCAGAAGAUCCCCUUUUCCUGCUGUACACUAGUGGUAGCACUGGUAAACCAAAGGGUGUUCUCCAUACAACUGGAGGAUAUAUGGUUUACACUGCUACGACUUUCAAGUAUGCGUUUGAUUAUAAACCUUCUGACAUCUACUGGUGCACAGCUGAUUGUGGAUGGAUCACUGGCCACAGCUAUGUGACUUACGGACCUUUGCUCAAUGGCGCUACAGUUGUCAUUUAUGAAGGGGCACCAAAUUAUCCUGAUCCAGGUCGCUGCUGGGAUAUUGUUGACAAAUUCAAAGUGACAAUAUUCUACACUGCCCCCACAUUGGUACGGUCCCUCAUGCGUGAUGGCGAUGCGUAUGUGACUCGCUAUUCCCGCAAGUCCUUACGAGUGCUUGGCAGUGUAGGCGAGCCUAUCAAUCCAAGUGCAUGGAGGUGGUUUUUUAAUGUAGUAGGAGAUUCGAGGUGCCCGAUAUCCGACACUUGGUGGCAGACUGAAACCGGUGGCUUCAUGAUUGCUCCUUUACCGGGUGCCUGGCCUCAGAAGCCUGGUUCUGCUACUUUCCCUUUCUUUGGUGUUCAGCCUGUAAUAGUGGAUGAAAAGGGUGUUGAGAUAGAAGGAGAGUGUAGUGGGUAUCUCUGCGUGAAAAGCUCAUGGCCAGGGACGUUUCGAACUCUUUACGGGGAUCAUGAAAGAUACGAAACCACGUACUUCAAGCCAUUCCCUGGUUAUUAUUUUAGCGGUGAUGGCUGCAGCAGGGACAAAGAUGGGUACUACUGGCUUACUGGAAGAGUUGAUGAUGUCAUCAAUGUCAGUGGGCAUCGGAUAGGGACAGCGGAAGUGGAAUCUGCUCUUGUAUCUCAUCCCCAAUGCGCGGAAGCUGCAGUGGUUGGUGUUGAGCAUGAGGUUAAGGGGCAGGGUAUAUAUGCCUUUGUAACCCUUGUGGAUGGCAUUCCUUACAGUGAAGAACUCCGACGAAACCUUAUAACUACUGUGCGGAAUCAGAUAGGACCCUUUGCCGCACCAGAUAGGAUACACUGGGCUCCUGGCCUUCCGAAGACAAGAAGUGGUAAGAUUAUGAGGAGGAUUCUGAGGAAAAUUGCGUCCAGGCAAUUGGAUGAGCUUGGAGACACGAGUACUCUGGCCGAUCCAGGAGUAGUUGAUCAGCUCAUAGCACUUGCUGAUUGCUGA